UUUACUUUUUGUUUUUCUGUUUAUCAUUCGUCUUUAAUUUUUAUUUUAUCAUCGUUCGGUUAUGACAAUAAUUGUUACAAAUUACAAUUAUAAAUCGAGCAGUACGGUUAUGUUUGAUUGUCAUAUUUGAAUUUUGAAAACUAUUAAAAUGAACCAGAACAGUUCGUCGUCCAGAGAUCCGGUAGUGUUGAACUACGAGAAUUUUCAACUUCACGAGUCUGACGUCCAUUUGCUGAUCGACGAUCAAUGGUUAAACGAUAUCGUUAUUGGCUUCUACAUGGAAUACCUAAACACCGAUGUGUUCAAGAACAAUUCUAAGGUGUACUUUGUUACCCCACAAGUUGUCCAGUGCAUUAAAGAAUGCAAUGUAGAAGAUAUCACUGUGUUUCUCGACCCGCUUGUCAAAGACAAAAAUUAUUCAUACAUUUUUUUCCCAUUAAAUGAUCAGGAACAGCUGCAUUCAGUAGGUGGUACCCAUUGGUCGUUGGUUGUGUAUAGUGCACUAGACAGACGUCUGUACCACUUGGACUCGAUAUGGAAUUCAAAUGAAAAACAAGCAAGAAAAUUAGCAUUAAAGCUGAAGUUUUAUUUUAAAGAUAUUCUAGAUAUUAUCACACCACUGCCAACCAGGCAACAACAAAACAGUUAUGACUGUGGAAUAUACUUGAUAUGUAAUGCAGAAAAUGUUGCCCAAUGUGUAUGUGCAGAUUCAGAUAUUCACAAUAUAGAUCCUGUAGACCAGGUUGAUCUGAAAAAUAAACGUGCUAGUAUAGUCGAUCUGAUUUAUAAAUUAGCAAGAAGAAAUAUCACUUUGUAACUUGUUGAUGAAUAAUUUAUUUUAAUUUUUUUGUUCCUAAAAAUAUAAUUCUUAUAUCACAUUGUUUCUCAAAUAUCACACACAAUAAUUUUAUUGUUUUAUAAGAUUUAAUCUAAAUGUUCCAUUCUAAUUACUAUUGGAAAUCUUAUAUUCAUUUGUUAAAUUAAUUUUAUUAAAGUAUUAUUUUAAGAACACAAAUUAAAUUAUUAUAAUUUUUUAUUUUGAC